GGUUUUUAUGAAUGGAGAGGAGGAGCGUCGUUCAGUUCAGAUCUCCGUUGUGGCCUGUAGAGGGAGCGUCAUCUUUCAUCUUUCACUACUGCUGCUGCUUUUCAGGACCGUAUGAUCUUCACUUGCCUUCUCGCGUUAUAGCGUCUUAAAGCUCCCGGAUGACGCGGAGCCGAUCGUUAAAUAUAAUAGCGUACCAGCAAACAAACUAACCGGCCUUCGACGAGCUUCGACGGAGCACCGUGAUGAAUUUCUCCCUCCGUCACACAGGCGGGCGGACCGAGGCUCCGCUGGAGCACCAUUAGUGUAUGUGUGUAAAAAUAUAUAUAUGCGAAUCCAGCCAAACCCGGACCGGAUCAUGAACACGCCGCUGUGUCGCGUGCCGUGCUGAAGUGGCGGGCUGAAAACGGCGCGAGUCUCGCGCUGCUGCUGCGAUUAGCCUGAUCGCUGCUAACGGGCCUAAAAAAGCCCAGUCUGAUUUCUACAGUCUGAUCUAAACAGCCGUGUGAGCAUUAAUAAGAUCCUCCAGCGGGGAGAGCAGAGGAUGGCCGGCCGUCUGAGCGCUGAGGAGGAGCAGGCCACAAAGCAGUUUUUAGAGGAAAUCAACAAAUGGACGUCCCAACAUGGUGUCUCUCCAUUGUCCUGGGACGUGGCCGUGAAGUUUCUGAUGGCCCGCAAGUUUGAUGUUCUGCGAGCAAUUGAGCUUUUUCACAGCUACAGGGAAACACGUCUUCGGGAGGGCAUCGUCAAACUGCAGCCUCACGAGGAGCCGUUACGCUCUGAGCUGCUGAGUGGGAAGUUCACUGUGUUGGGUGUCCGGGACCCGUCUGGCGCAUCCAUCGCCCUCUACACGGCCAAACUGCACCAUCCAAGCAAAACAGGAAACCAUGUGGUUCUUCAGGCCCUGUUCUACCUACUGGACCGAGCUGUGGAGAAUUUUGAGACUCAGAGAAAUGGGCUGGUUUUCAUUUAUGACAUGGCUGGAUCCAACUACACUAACUUUGAACUGGACCUCAGCAAAAAGAUCCUCAAUUUGCUGAAGGGUGCGUUCCCAGCACGGCUGAAGAAAGUGCUUAUCGUUGGAGCUCCUGUGUGGUUCAGGGUCCCAUAUAACCUUUUAAGUCUGUUACUGAAGGAGAAGCUCAGAGAACGGGUUCAAAUGGUGAAGAUGGCCGACCUGCGAGAGCAUCUGCCCAGAGACUGUUUACCUGAGCACCUGGGCGGCUGUUUGCCUCUGGACAUGCACAGCUGGAACCUGCAGCUGCUGUCAGAGCAGAACGGGCGCGUGGACCCCGUGGAUGAGCUGGUGGGGAUUCCGCUGGAGAACACGUCCAUACACAUCCCUGGACCUGAGGUCAUGAGUCUGGCCGAGCUCAUGGCCCACCUGAACCGGGCCCAGCGCAGCGGGAUCUACCUGGAGUAUGAGGAGCUUCGCAGAGAGCAGCCACCUGGAACCUUCACCUGUGCGCUGGCUGCUCACAACCAGGAGCGGAAUCGCUAUGGCGACGUGCUAUGUCUCGAUCAGACUCGUGUGCGACUCAAAGCAAGGAGAAAUGAGAGAUCAGACUACAUAAAUGCCAGCUUCAUGGAUGGAUACAAACAGAAAAAUGCAUAUAUUGGGACUCAGGGUCCAUUGGAAAAAACCUAUGGUGAUUUCUGGAGAAUGGUUUGGGAGCAAAGUGUGCUUGUCAUCGUCAUGACAACAAGGACGGAUGAGGGGGGCCGGAGAAAGUGUGGACAGUACUGGCCCAAGGAAGAGGGCGGUGAGGAGGUGUACGGGCACAUCGCUGUGGUCAAUCACAGAGUGGACAAACAUGCACAUUACAACCAAACCACACUUGAGCUGCACAACACUGAGACAUUCGAACAGAGACAGGUGACUCAUUUUCAGUUCCUUAGCUGGCCUGAUUACGGGGUCCCAUCCUCCGCACUGUCUCUGAUUGACUUCCUGGGUGCCGUGAAGCACCAGCAGCAGUGGGCGGCCCAGGCUUUCAGCUCUCAGUGGAGGGGUCAUCCGCUUGGCCUGCCCAUGGUGGUCCACUGCAGCGCUGGCAUCGGCCGGACCGGUACUUUUUGUGCGCUGGAUAUCUGCCUGUCCCAGCUGCAGGACGUCGGGACUCUUAACAUUUGCCAGACGGUUCGACGGAUGAGAGCGCAGCGUGCCUUCAGCAUCCAAACACCGGAGCAGUACUAUUUCUGCCACACCGCCAUCCUCGAGCACGCCCAGAGACAGGGCCUACUUUCAGCCAAUCAUUGAGCAGCAGGGCCCACAUGUACCCAAUCAGAGACCGAAAAAGUCUAAUCUCAACCAAUCAGUAAGAGGCAAGACCUGCUCUCAUCCAAUCAUAAGACAGUACUCAAUCUUGAUUGAUUGGUGACUCUUAGACAGGAUCAUUCCCAAUUAAAAUCACUGGGUUUUUGAUUAAUCUGUCAAUCAAAAGACAGGCAGCAUAAAUAGUAACCAUAACUGACUCCGUAUGAAGAGGGUGUCUGAAUGUUCAGUGAUCCAGCUAUAGUGUAGUCUGUGUAAUGCUGUGCUGCAUUUUGUGCAGUUUAUUCUGUGAAUUUUGUCCAAAUUGCCAAAAUUCAUGUAUUUCACAUAAAGCUUCAAAUCAGCCGCGCUCAAAUGUGAUUCAGGACAAACGAACGUACCAUCAGAUCAUUUGUCAUCCUGAAGGUCUUUUUAUUUCUUAACACCUCAGACCAACUGACCGUCCUCAUGUGUAUAAGGGGUUAAUUUGCCCAUAAACAAAGUCUUUAUUUACUCACACUCAAAAGAAAGGAAGUCAUACAGGUUUGAAAUGACGUAACGGUGAUUUUUUUUUUUCCUCUCUCUUUUUCGCUUUUAAUGAGUUUCAUACUCAUGUCUGACCUAUGGGAUGCAGUCAUUGCACACUAGAGUUUUUAUGUAUUUGCUGGAAUUGAAUGCAGACUUAUUGUCUCAAUUCUGCCUGUAUUCUGUAUCAGGAAUGUCUCUGUGGUUUGUAGGCCAUUUUUGCAAUUGCAUCUGAAGAUGAUGGUUUAGACGGCCAGGAUGAGGAAAAGUCUUCUCCACAUCAACUGGGUGCAUCGGUAAACCUCUAUAAUGCAACAAUUAUUCAACUGAUAUAGUCUUUAUUUAGUCUGGUGUAAAUAUGAGAUGGCUGAAUUGAGUCAUUUACACUUUUGUCUGUUAAUAUUGUACUAAUAACCUGUUUAAAAUAUCUAAACGCUCCUGUAAAGUGCAUUUAGAAUCGCUUUUUUUAUUUUGUUGUGGGUUGAAAGAGUCUUUGCUACUGAAUUCAUAUUGAAUUUCCUUGUAGUGAAGCAUCUGUAUACACUCCCAAUGAUUCCAGGAUCUGCAGUCCUGCCUUGAUGGGCACACAAUAUGACCAUUUGUAUUUUUCUAUUAUACCCACACUUCACGUCUUUACUUAUUACUCCCAAAUAUAUAUAUACGUAAAUUAUAUUUUCUUUUAUAUCCAAUUUUAUCUUUAUUUCUACUUGUUUCUUAUGUCAGUGGAAAAACUAACCUGUAAUGUCACGCUCCUGAUUAUCAGUAAGUUUGCAGCGGUUCUGUUAGUGAUAAAGUGCUUUGCUCUUCAGUUAAAGAGCCUUACUCCUCAUGUAUGUUUGGAUUGAGUGAAAUGUUUAUGUGAAAAGACUGUACAGGUUUCGGCUGUCUUGGUGUCCAUCUCGAUCUCAAAACCGAGCUGUUCAAACUGCAAUAUCAUUUAAGCAAAACCAAAUCAAAACCAUGUGUUUUAAUGUUUAUUAAAUGGACAAACUGUA